GGGAGAGACUGUGGCUUCUACCCCAGGUGGCCGGGGGCAGUGCUUAGCUGAGGCUUCCGUUGUCCAGCUCGGGCUGGAGAAAGCAGCAGUUCCUUUCUGGUCACGGCUCCAGGAAGCCACCCUCCUAUGAGGGUCAGGAAUCGCCAGUUCCUUAUAGUCCCUGCAAGUUCCUCCUCUGCCCCCGGUUUAUUCCCCGCUCGACCUCCGGACACCCCCAGGUCCCUGACCCUCCCAGACUCAAACCAUGAGCCUUCCACAGCUGCUGUUGCGCUUGCCCCGUUACCUCGGGGCCUCGGGUCUUCCGCGUCUCCUGUGGUGGUCCCCGUCCUUCGACACCAUCUCUUCGGUGGGAUCCUGGCGUGGCCAGUCUUCCAGGUCCCCGGCCCACUGGAACCAGGUGGUGUCAGAGGCGGAGAAGAUCGUGGGCUAUCCCACGUCCUUCAUGAGCCUCCGUUGCCUGCUGAGCGACGAGCUUAGCAACAUUGCUAUGCAGGUGCGGAAGCUGGUGGGGACUCAGCACCCUCUGCUUACCACAGCCAGAGGUCUUGUACAUGACAGCCGGAAUAACCUCCAGUUGAGGGGCUUGGUGGUGCUCCUUAUUUCUAAAGCAGCUGGGCCCAGCAGUGUGAAUACCUCACGACAGAACUAUGACAUGGUCAGUGGGAUCUACUCAUGUCAAAGAAGUUUGGCGGAGAUUACAGAACUUAUCCAUACUGCUCUCCUUGUACAUCGUGGGAUAGUAAAUUUAAAUGAAUUACAAUCUUCUGAUGGGCCACUGAAAGACAUGCAGUUUGGAAAUAAAAUAGCUAUCCUGAGUGGAGACUUUCUUCUAGCAAAUGCCUGCAAUGGACUAGCUCUGCUACAGAACACCAAGGUUGUGGAACUUUUAGCAAGUGCUCUUAUGGACUUGGUACAAGGAGUAUACCAUGAAAAUUCUAAUUCAUCAAAGGAAAACUAUAUCACAGAUGAUAUUGGAAUAUCAACUUGGAAGGAGCAGGCUUUUCUCUCCCAUGGUGCCUUACUAGCAAAGAGCUGCCAAGCUGCAAUGGAAUUAGCAAAGCACGAUGCUGAGGUUCAGGAUAUGGCAUUUCAGUAUGGGAAGCACAUGGCCAUGAGUCAUAAGAUAAAUUCGGACCUCCAGCCUUUUAUCAAAGAAAAGACCGGUGACUCCAUGACUUUUAAUCUAAACUCAGCUCCUGUAGUCUUACAUCAGGAGUUUCUCGGAAGAGAUUUGUGGAUUAAGCAGAUUGGAGAGGCUCAAGGAAAAGGAAGAUUAGACUAUGCUAAGUUGCGAGAAACAAUCAAAGCUGGCAAAGGUGUGACUUCAGCUAUUGACCUGUGUCGUUACCAUGGAAACAAGGCCCUGGAGGCCCUGGAGAGCUUUCCGCCCUCAGAGGCCAGAUCUGCUUUAGAAAACAUUGUGUUUGCGGUAACCAGAUUUUCAUGACACCAAAUUAAAAAGACACUAUUGUUCACCGGCUGAAAAACCUAGGGAAUGAGGGGAUCGAGAGAGUCUUCAUGAUGAAAUAUCUAAAUGUGUAAUGACUUUAAAAGCAUAUACAUUUUUUUCCUUCUUUUUAUCACAUUGCUAAAUGAAUACUAUCUUCUUUUUGGAACUGCUACAAACAAAAUUAGAAGAAAAAAAGGUCAAGCAGUUUUCACUUGUCAUGCCAGAAGCACACUUGAGGCUGCAGUAGCAGAAAUAAUUAAUGAGAUUUGCUCCUGUGACCUCAGCAAAUGGACAGGAAAUAAGUCCUUAUUGAUUGGACCGAGCCGGGGAUGGCGCCAGGGCGGUGGCCUGUGGUUUUCCUUCUAGAGAGGACAGAGCAAGCUGGAAGCUGCAGGUGUCAAGAGGAACACCAUCAAUACCUGCCAGGGAGGACUGUCAAAUCAAAAACCAGUGACCAAUUUGUUGUAAUGGAGAAUAAUUCAAAGAAUUAAGAAAAAUAUGCUUUAUUUGUCACCUUGUAAUUAUGUCUCUGUAUUUAUAGAUACAAUAUGAAUAUACUUUGUGCUUCACAGUUUUUGUAACUUUUUUUUUAGAGAAAUUGCUGAAAAGUUGCCAAAUAUUUGA